GUUGAUAAAAUGUCUCCAUUUCUCUCUGGGAAAUGGGAAAUGAUGACACUCUCUCCUAAAAUAGUUGAGUCCAGUUCUGCCUCUGGCAGGCCCAGAUAUACCUAUUAUAGCCCAACCUCGAGAUACCUGGGGAAGCUAUUGGCCAUGCUUCAGUCCAACACAUCCCAUAGAGGAGGCUGCUAUAUCCUAUCCUCAGGAUGUGAGCCAAAUUAUGAUUAUCUGCUACCCAAAACAUGCAAUGUAUUCUCAGUUAUGCCCACCCUAUCUUCUAUUUUAAAAUUAUUUUUACCCCCUUAUGUAUAGUUGUGGAGUUCAGCACUGUAAGAGGAACCAGUUGAAUGGAAAGUGAAUGAUUUUUCUUAUUUUCUGGUUCAGAAACUGCAGUGACACACCCAAAGCAAAAUAUUUUUGGGAGGCUAGGUGCAAAAUUUAUUAGGACAUCAUUAAAGAUGUCAGUAGGGUGUCUUUGAAUUUCCUUGUGCAGAACACUAAGGGGGAGUGGUUAUUCCUGCAAAGGAAAAGGAAUGCAAAGCUUUUCAUAGAAUUCUUUUAUGCCCAAAUAUCUGAGGCAAACAGCAGGGGAAGCUUGCUUUGGAGGCAUCAAACCCACCACGUGCUUUUCAUCUACUAUAGACUCUAUGACCUUACUUGGACAAGACCAGGAUGUCCAAUCAGUCAGCACAAUAAUUUGAAGAAUUCACAUCCAAACACAAACACAUUGGUUGUGCAUGAUAAGAGCUGCAGCGCAGCAACAGGAAGUGUGUUGCUUGAACCUUGUUCACGGCUAACCCUGAAGGAGAACAGAGCGUUGCUUUGCAUCGAUAGACAUCAUGGCUCACCAGCUACUCCGCAUUCUGAUCUUCGCUUCUAUGCUGUGUCUCCUGCUGUCAGAAAGAAAUGUAUUCUUAUCAGGUAAACAUGCAAGCACAUUUUUAAAAAGAAUGAGGAGAGCCAAUUCAGUCUUUGAAGAAUUUAAAAAAGGAAAUAUUGAAAGGGAGUGUUAUGAGGAAAAAUGCUCGAAAGAAGAAGCAAGAGAAGCCUUUGAAGACCAGGAGAAAACUGAUGAGUUCUGGAAUAUUUAUUAUGAUGGGAACCAGUGUGAGCCAAACCCUUGCCUAUAUGGUGGAUCUUGCAAAGAUGGCAUCGGCUCCUAUACCUGCACGUGUCAGCUUGGCUAUCAUGGCGAGCAAUGCCAAUAUUCAAUGCACAAAUCCUGCCAGCUGGACAAUGGUGGCUGUUCACACUUUUGCAAACUUGUGGAAAACAUCAUUGAAUGCCUCUGUGCUGAAGGGUAUACUCCAGGACAUGAUGGAGUAUCUUGUGUUUCUACAGAAGAUUAUCCAUGUGGACAAAAGAAAACGACAAAGGCAAGGCGAGAAGCAAGAUCACUAGAGGACAGGCUCGCAAAUGUUGCUGAGUAUGAAUACAUUCCUGAAAGCUACUUUUAUGACGAUAUCCAUGAUUCAGUGAACGCAAGCAUCCAGUCUGAGUCACAGAACAAAACACAGCACAGCAAGCAAGCAGAAGACGACUUGGAUUCAGACCGUGAAACCAGAAUUGUUAAUGGAACAGACUGCAAAUUGGGUGAAUGUCCGUGGCAGGCACUUCUUUUAAAUGAUAAUGGAGAUGGUUUUUGUGGAGGAACAAUUUUGAGCCAAAUAUAUGUGCUGACAGCAGCUCAUUGCAUAAAUCAGACAACAAUUAAAGUUCUUGUAGGGGAAGUGAACACUGCAAUGAGAAAAUCGGGAACACUUCACUCUGUGGAUAAAGUAUACGUACAUCACAAAUUUGUACCGGAAACCUAUGACUUUGAUAUAGCCCUGAUAAAAUUAAGAGAGCCUAUCCAGUUUACUGAAAAUGUGAUCCCUGCUUGCCUUCCCACUGCGGACUUUGCUAAUCAUGUCCUCAUGAAGCAAAACCAUGCUAUUGUUAGCGGUUUUGGGCGCAUCGUUGAAGGAGGCCGUGUAUCCCCCACUCUUAAAGUGGUUAAACUACCUUACGUAGACCGGCUCACCUGCAAACUGUCGAGUAACUUCCCAAUCACUGAAAACAUGUUCUGUGCUGGCUAUAACACUGUAGCUCAAGACGCUUGCCAGGGAGACAGUGGGGGUCCCCACGUAACUGAAUACAAGGGCACAUACUUUGUUUCUGGGAUAGUCAGCUGGGGAGAAGGGUGUGCAAAGGAUGGCAAAUAUGGCGUUUAUACAAAGGUGUCCAAAUUCAUAAAUUGGAUCAGAAAAAUAAUGCGCCAAAACCGGCAACAUAACAAUGUUCCCAAACCCACAGUGUAGCAGGCAGGACUUGUUCCGACACUAUCAAAUCAUUGAAUGGCAUAUUUCUUAAAGAAGCCUCAUCGGUAAAUUUACCCUGUCAGUAUAUUCUUCCAAUAUAUUAAUUAGCUUGCCCAACCCUUCAGAAUGUUAAAGCUAUUGAAGCUCAUUUCUAUGAAGUUAACUUCACCUUGGAUGAAUUCUGAGAGGAAGCUGCCCUGGUAUAUAUCCUGGUAUAAAUUUGCGUCUGUACAGCUUAGACUGGGGGAAAUAUUCAUUUCAAUUCUUUUAUCAUUUGUUCCAUAUGUUCUAAUUGAUUCAUAAGGUCUAGAAUGGAAACAUUGAUCCAUAAGGGCACAGUAAUAGGAUCCCAGUAAAAGGUGACUACUCUCCCUUUUUAACAUAAACACACAUCAAUAAUAUUUAAUCACACAGAGAAAGAUUCAACAUACUUUUUAAUACUCUGAUAUAACUGAGGCAUUUCUGUAUCUGAAAUACACUUUGUAUUUGAAAACUGUAGAGGUUUUUGCAAUUUGUGAUUGAUAUAAAGACUGUCUAAAAAAACAAAAACAAAAAAACCAUGGAGAAGAAAAAAAUGCCUGUGCUGGAACAGACACCGUUGCUGAAGGUCGUACAAGAUGAUGCCAAAAUCAAUAUGCCCAAUGUAUAAUAAUCUACACUUAGUUUCUUGACAAUUUCAGUAUGCAUUCCCCUAGCUUUUGGGAUAAAGCUUGUUGGCAAGAUCAGCCAGCCUCAUGUCUAUUUUUAAUGCUUGGGUUCUUGUGCUGAAGUGAUAUAGCAGAUACUGCUCAGAUUAAGAGGGGUGAAUGAUAACGGUGCUGCUCCUCACUGCUGAGAUGACAGGCAAUAUCCAGUAACUGCUAUCCUGCAAGGCAAUUAAAAUAAGGAUUAAUAAAGCCUUUGUGGAAGAUAGAUUUCCCUGUAAUAAAAACUGCAUGUUCAGGCUAAUCCUGUGUAUAUUUUCCCAUAAUAAACUCCACGGUGCUUGGUGGGGCUUUUUCCCUGGUAAGGGUGCAUUGGAUGAUAACCACCCAGUACUGGAAUUAGAAGCUUGUCUCCGGGUUUUCUGUAGCAAUUGACACAAAAUGAUGUCAAGUCUCCACUCAGGGUGCAGCUUACCAUACGCUACUCAGACGGACUUAGCAAAGGCGCUCCUCUGAGCAUUCAUGAGCACUGCAUUAGCCUGCAGCAAUUGGUUUUCAGGAUGACCACCAUGGGAAGGGAUUGAAGUUGUGUGCCUUGUCCUGACAAUGUAAACAACCCGCCGAAAUGGUUUCCUGUCGAUUUUGGGAGAGCCUGGUGAAUAACGCACUUAUUUUAUGGCUUCUCUUUUGCAGAUGCUUUGACAUCGUUCUGCCUUUCCUAUUCUGAUUUCUACCAUAUGCAAUAAUAAUAAAAAACAUUAAUUUUUGGAAAAUUCUA